CCGUUGCCCAUUUAUUUCCUGCUAGUAUUGUGUUAAUAUUGGAAUUACCUCUAUUUAAAAGGUUUAGAUAAUUCACAUGAUAAUAGAGAAAUAAUCUAAAAUAAUACGUUUAUACCAAUUGUGAUGCGAGAGUGGAAAUGUUUGUGGCAUACCUAAGUGCUCAGAGAUAGGUAUUGAUUGUUUCGUGCAAAGAGAUGACAAGUGAAUUUUAGAAGAUUGGAGCUAGUUUCUGAAAGGAACAAAAUUUGUUUUAUUAAUAUCGUUACUGUUACAAAAUCAACAGCAUGAAUUUAGAUAAUUCAUCAAGAGAAAACUCUGAAGCAAUGGAUUCCAUUGGCACAGUAAGCCCCAGAGAAAAAUAUCACAGUAUGCGAGAGAAGAAAUUAUCAACAGCGUCUCUUACUAAUACAGAAGGAGCUCGACCGAAGGUGGUCACGGUAAAACAUCCAGAAUCCAAUAAACCGAAACCGACAGCUAAGAAAAAUAAACCCAUACAAGCAGACCUUGAUGUAAUAAAGGAAUUCAUGCGAUGCCGCGAAGAAGGAACAAAACGAUUAGAUCUUAGUAAGUCGUCCAUCACCUCGUUACCACCGAAUGUUAGGGACUUAACACAUCUUGUAGAGUUUUAUUUGUAUGGAAAUAAGUUGGUUGCACUUCCGGCUGAGUUUGGUUGCUUGACAAAUUUACAAACAUUAGCAUUGAAUGAAAAUUCUUUGACGAGCUUGCCAGACUCCUUAGCCAACUUGAAAUGUUUGAAGGUUUUGGAUUUGCGACACAAUAAAUUGAGUGAUAUACCUGAAGUAGUUUACAAGUUGACAUCUCUAACAACAUUAUUCCUGCGAUUCAAUAGAAUUAAAGUAGUUGGAAAUGGUAUCGCUAAUUUAACAAAUUUAACAAUGCUGAGUUUGAGGGAAAAUAAAAUCAAAGAACUGUCAUUUGGCAUCGGGAAUUUGGUGAAUUUAGUAACAUUUGAUGUCUCUCAUAAUCACUUGGAGCACCUACCCCAAGAAAUUGGCAACUGUGUCAAUUUAUCAACUUUGGACUUGCAACACAAUGAUUUAUUGGAUAUACCAGAGACCAUUGGGAAUCUUCAAGCUCUAACCCGUCUGGGACUACGAUAUAAUAGACUUACCGCCAUACCAUCAACACUGAGUAAUUGCAAACAUAUGGAUGAAUUCAAUGUAGAAGGGAACUCUAUAUCUCAAUUGCCUGAUGGCCUUCUCGCCAGUCUCAAUGAGCUUACAAGUAUUACAUUAUCCCGAAAUUCAUUCAUAAGUUAUCCAUCUGGAGGUCCAGCACAGUUUACUAAUGUAUUCUCUAUCAACCUGGAACAUAAUCAAAUUGAUAAAAUACCUUAUGGUAUAUUUUCAAGAGCAAAGAAUUUAACAAAAUUAAAUAUGAAAGAAAAUUUACUUACAUCUCUACCACUGGAUAUCGGCACAUGGUCAAAUAUGGUCGAGCUUAACUUAGGAACUAAUCAAUUGACAAAGUUGCCAGAUGAUAUACAAUGCCUUCAAAAUCUAGAAGUUUUAAUAUUGUCUAAUAAUUUACUGAAACGUAUACCUCCAAACAUUGGAAGUUUGAUGAAAUUGAGGGUUUUAGAUUUGGAGGAAAACAAACUGGAAGUCCUUCCCAAUGAAAUUGGAUUUCUUCGCGAUUUGCAAAAAUUGAUUGUACAAUCAAACCAGUUGACAACAUUGCCACGAUCAAUUGGCCACCUCACCAAUUUAACAUACUUAAGUAUUGGGGAAAACAAUUUGCAGUACCUUCCAGAAGAGAUAGGGACUCUUGAAAAUCUAGAGUCAUUAUAUUUGAAUGACAAUCCAAAUUUAUGCAAUCUUCCAUUUGAAUUAGCUCUAUGCGUUAGUCUGCAAAUCAUGAGUAUUGAAAAUUGUCCCUUGACAGCUAUUCCACCAGAGGUGGUAUCUUCUGGACCAUCACUGGUAAUUCAAUAUUUAAAAUCUCAAGGGCCGUAUAGAACUAUGUGAUAUCAGGAUGAUGAGUAUCUGCCAGGUGGUGAUGGCACUUAGAGGAUUUUAAUCCAGGUGAAAUACCAAACAUUUUGAAAAUGUAUAUUCUGUUGCACACAUUUCUAAGCCUAGACUUAUUUGUCAAGUCUAAAAUAAUUUUGUCAUCUUUUUACAUGCUGUACUAGAUGAAAAAAGGCAAUAGUAUUUUAAAUUUUAUAGGUGUAGCAGAAUCGACAUCAAAGUUCUAAAGAUGUUAUAAUCAUUUAUUUCUACAGAAAUCAAUGAUUUUUUCAUAUCUUCUUCCAUAUGUAAAUGUUAUCUAUUCAUGUUUCCUUCCAUUUAAAUGUUAUCUCAUUUAGACACAUAGAAUUUAUAUGUAUACAAAUAUAUAGACAUGUUGUAAAUAGUAGCAUUAUGAAUUAUCCAAAAUUGCAUUGUUUGUGUCAACCAGUUAUUUUAUAAUAAAGUUAUGUAUUCAAAUGUUAUUUGAUGCAAGUAUUUUUCCUUUUAGAUUUAUACAUUUAAUUGCAUACUAUUAUUAAGGUAUUAGUCCUAAAGGAAUUUAUUUAGAUGCAUGAUUAAAAAAUGAAAAAUCACAAAAAUAUAUCUAUGAUUGUUUGUAAUUAUAAAGAUGAUGUAUAUAUUGUAUGUUACUUGAUUAUGCACAAUAAAUGUACAGAAUCAAUGGUUAUGGUUAUGAGACAACUUUUAUAAAAGGAUUUUGAAGCCAGGUAAAUGCUAAGAAUGUUGAUAUUAGUAAUAUAAAAAGUUGUCUUUUUUAAUAAUCUUUGUUUAUCUGAAUAAUUGGGAUUGGAAAUUGUUCGUAGUUUUAGAAUUACUUACAAACAGUAAUUGAACAUGAUAUCAACUCUGAUUUUAUCAAUGGAACAAAGCGAAUGAAUUAAAUGUGAGCUAAAUGUUUAGGGAGAUGAGAUUUGUUAGGUACAUUUUUAUUAUUUUAGAAUUUGUACUAAGACAAGAGUUCUUAUACCAUAAAGUAGUACACAUGUCCUAUAAAUAGUGAUCUAUAAUCAAAGUGCCGACAGUUUAGGUCACAACUAACAGGUUUUGUUAUUUGUGUUUGCAAUAUUUUUUAUUGCACAAGGUUUUUGUUGUUACCUAUAAUGUCGCACCAUGAAAGAUAGUUCAGUAUUUACAGGACACCCUGUACAAGAAUAUCUUUUACUGAUUCUUGCAAAACAAAUGUUUACAUAGUCAGUAUAUUAAAAUCAUAUAAAUUCCACACAUUUUAGAAAAAUCUUUUUAACUACUUACUAAUGAAAAUUUAACCAAUAGAUCUCAAACAUUUUACAGUAUUCAAUUAUAAUAUCGUAUUAAGUAUGCUACUUUAGGUAACACAAGAUAUGAAAUCAGGAUCGGAACUCUCUUAGGUUAUUGUGAUUUUUUCUGCAUAAUUGUGUUUAGGUGAUGUACCAUUUAAGUAAUGUUUAAUAGAAAUAUGUUAAACGGCGUAGUAAUUACGUUUGAAGCGUUACUUUCCUAUCAUGUUGCAUUUAUUUUUGUUUUAUUUAGGAACACUAAAUGUAUUUUGUCAAAUGUCAUCUGGAACAUAAGUUUGUAUUAUUAUACUGUAAUGUACUCAGUGUUCUUAUAAGUUACAACUUUGUUAGUAUAUAAUACGUAACACGUAACAUUACUUAUGUAUCAUGUUGUAUACUAAGUACAGAUGCGAUCAACGCUACUCUUUUCGCCGAAUCUUAAUAUAAACCUGUUUCAAUAGUUCUCUUGGUGUAUUGAAUGUGUACUUUAGAAUAAAAUAAAUUGGUGUUUAAUGUUCUCUAUUAAUGCAGAACAUAUGUAAUGCAGUUUUUCUAGUCAUUACUGUUAUUGUCAAACAUUUUAAUUCUAAUCCUGAGAUUUCCCUGGUGAAAUUGAAUUCGUAUUUAUAGCAUAAUGUCAGUCAGUAAAAUUCAUAUUGAGGAGAAACUGCAGUGUUAAAUUAUAGUUUUGUUGAAAAAUUAAAAUUAUACUUACUUUUUUUAAACUUUCGACCCUACCUGGGAAUGUUGUAUGGAUUAAUUAUAACGUU